AUGUUCGCUUCGAGGUCGUCGGCGGCGCGCAGCGCGUCGCGCAUCGUCCGUAAUUUUGCGACCGUCGUCGACACCGCUGGCGUAAAGGUCGCCGCAGUGGACAACGGCGAACCGACUUCGGCUGUCACGUUCCUCGUCAAGGCGGGCAGUAGGUUCGAGAGCAAACCCGGUGUUGCUCAUGCGCUGAAGGGGUUCGCAUUCAAAAGCACGGAGAAGCGGUCGUUCUUGGGUACGAUCCGAGAGGCCGAGUUGUACGGCGGUGUUCUGUCGACAAGUCUGACGCGGGAACACCUCGCAUUGACUGCGGAGUUCUUGAGGGGCGACGAGUCUUUCUUCGUAGACGUCAUUUCUUCCUUCAUCAAGUCGGCAAAGUACACAAGACACGAGCUUGACGAGUACGUUGUUCCUGUCUGCGAGGCCGAGUCUACCACCGCCUUCUCCAACCCUGCCGUGCGCGCCCUCGAUCUCGCACACCUGCUCGCCUUCCGUACUGGUCUCGGCUCGUCGCCCUUCACCUCCCCCGGCGCGCAUGUCUCGGUUGAGGACAUCAAGGCCUACGCCCAGACUGUCUUUGCUCCUGGCAACCUCGCGGUACUCGGCACGGGCAUUGACGCGGCGACUCUCCAGAAACUCGUUGAGCAGUCUCUCGGGUCGCUGUCUAGCGCGUCUGCGCCCACUUCUACGCCAAGCUCCUACUAUGGUGGCGAGACCCGUAUCGAGGCGCACGGUGCACCAGAGACAAUCUUCAUUGGUCUCGGCACGACGGGUGCUCCCUCCGCUGAGCUGGCGGUGCUCUCCGCGUACCUCGACCCCACGCCGUCCGUGAAGUGGUCGAAGGGCAGCUCACCCAUCGCCGCCGAUGUGCCCGAGGGCGUCAGCGUGAAGACCGUGCUACUCCCGUACUCGGACGCGGCACUGUACGGCGUCCUCAUCCAGGGCGAGAACACGGAGGGCGUUAAGGCGGCGGGCAAGGCGGCGGUUGCGGCGCUCAAGGCCUCAGGGAGCCUUAAGGGCGACGAGCUCAAGAAGGCAGUCGCGAAGGCCAAGUUCUCUGCUGCAAGUGCACUUGACGGCCGUGACAACCUUGCCUUUGCCUUGGGUGCACAAGCCCUCGGUUCGCCGGCGUCUCUCGACAGCGCGAUCUCCAACCUUGACAAGGUCGGCGCGUCUGCUUUCUCCAAGGCGGCGACCUCGUUCCUCAAGGCCAAGCCGACAUAUGUUGCUAUUGGUGACAUCAAGCGUCUCCCCUACGCGGACGAACUCGGGCUUUGA